CUCUCUGACCCCCCCCCCACCACACCCUGACCCGUGUCCCGCGCACAACUGCAGCUGGGGCUGCCUCUGUCGUCGCGGCGUCACCAGCGUCAUCUGAGAGGACGAAGUCUCUGAGGGCCCCGGCCUCUUCACUCUGACCUGGGGGCUUCAGCGAGGGAUGGCGGAGGGAAGGGUCCAGUGCCCCCAGCAUGUGCCCUCACCCUUCACCUCAGAGACCCCCAUCAGAAUGGCUCCGGGCUGUGACAUCAUAGAGCCCUGCCCCUCUAGCAGGAGCGGUGGGGUCAUGAGGCUGUGGCAGUGGGUGCUGGUGUGGGUGUGGCUGGCAAGGCCAGGGCCCAAAGAAGCAGUGAGCCCCGCCUCUUGGGGUGAGGGCAGGGGUCCCUUGGCUGCUGUCACAGCUUUGUUCUGGGUGCCAGUGCCCCGCCCAGAGCGUGCCAAGGCCUCGGCCCCGCGAGCAGCAGGCCCGCUCUUCGUAGACCGGCCUGACUUCUUCGACUACCCGGACUCAGACAGAGACAGCCUUCUGGCCGUGGCCCAGCUGAUCGGAGAGAGACCUGUGGUAUUUGUCCACUCAGAUUCCGACUCCAGGCUCUUCCACCACAUUCUGGUGGGCGCCCUGGUGGUGGCCUUCUUCUUCCUCCUCUUCCAGUUCUGCACCCACAUGAGCUGCCAGAAAGGGGCCUGAGGAGCCGGCCCGGGCUCGGGACGCAGCCUGAGCGCCCAGGUCCGCCCUCCCCUCCGCUGACGAAUAAAGGUUCUGGCCGCCUUCCUGCCUGCGGGCUCUGUGGCCAGCAGAGGGGGCCUGCCCUCCCUCGUGGGCAUCCCGCUGUCCGGUCCCCAAGGUCACCCCACCCCACUCCCCUCCUGGCCCCAAAG